CACCACUCGUGUGGGAGCCAGGAGUUGACGAGCAGCUGGGAGCGCGGCGCUGGGUGAGGAGCGAGUGACUGGGUGAGGAGCGAGCGAGUGACUGGUUGUUGCCACUGCAAGGACGUCCGGUUGAGUUGGAGCGCACAUUUAUUGGAGGCACCAGCGUGAUGGCAAGGGGCCGGGCGAGCGGGUAGCGCGAGGGUCGUAAGCGCGCGAGCUAGCGGCAUGGCGGAGAGCCGGGCCGGUGGCGGGGCUGCCACGCCGGUGCCGCUGCGGCGCCUGGGGCCGGCGCUCAACAAGUUCACCCGAGUGGCCAUCCCCACCGACCUGGAGCGCCUGGCGCGACACCAGGCCAACAUCGAGAAGUACAACAACCAGCAGGACUGGAAACUGCUCCACCAGGAGCAGAUCAACGCGAGCCGCACCGUGCAGCAGCUGCAGUUUAACGUGCGGGAGAUGGAAAAGCUUCGUUUGCUGCUGCGCAAAGCCGACGGCGCUGCCUUCGAGCACAUUGUGCAGCCGGCACGCGACCUCGCUUCCUCCGCCAUCGCCGCCUUCCUGCGCGACCCCGCCACGAGCUGCCCCCCCGCGUUCUCCUCGCUGCCGCCCUGCGACGUGCACGGGCGCGACGAGGGACGGGAAGGAGCGGCGUCCAGAAUGACGCGCUCCACCAGCGACUUCACCGAGCUGCUGGUCCGUGACGACGCCGCAUCGGGGCCCACGGAGGGGGCAGGGGAGCGAGGAGGGCCACCCUCGACGCCCCCCUCAUCGCCGCAGCUGCAGGAUCAGCUGCUUGCGCUGCACGAGAUCCCACAGGAGGAGGAUGCGUCCGAGUCGUGGGAGCACCUGUGCGAGGAAUUAACGGAGCUGAACUCCCUGGUCACCGACUUCUCGUACAUGGUGCAUAACCAGCAAGAAACCAUCGACUCCAUCGAGGACAAGUUGGAGAUGGCCUCUGACAACGUACGGCAAGGAACGAAGCAGAUCGGCAAGGCAGCCAAGUCUGGGACGGUGAUGCUGCCGGUGGCGGGGGCGGUGCUAGGCGGCAUCCUGGGCGGGCCCGUGGGGAUGCUCGUCGGCUUCAAGGUGGCGGGGGUGGCGGCGGCGCUGGGCGGGGGCCUGCUGGGCUUCACGGGCGCCCGCGCGUUCCAACGGCAUCGGCGGGCGCGCGUCGACGUCCAGCUCCAGCAGCUAUCGAGCAGCUGCCCCGAGCUGAGCCAAUUGCAGCAGUAGGGACCCCGCCAGAACCUGCCGGCUCGCAUCUGGGGUGUGCCUACUCGCCCGGUUGCUCGCUCACCCACUGGUUCAUCUGCUCGCUCGCUCGCCUAACAGCUCACACACCUACCUACUCGUGCACCUACCAGCUUGUCUGAUCAACCCCUCGCUCGCCUACCGCAUCGUUCGUUUACCGCUCAUCUCCGUCGGCUGCUGCUCCAUGGUGGCCCCAUUGCCCCGUGCAUUGCAACACCCGUGGGCACCUGCAGAGACUAGUGCCCAUAUCGAACGCGCUCGACUUGCGUGGUGAUGGGGGAGUUUUACACUCGAGUGGUGACGACCUCGCAGACCCCUCGCCUGGGGCGCUUGCGGACACAAUUUUUUGACAGCGACAAAAAUAACGUGAAGACUUGUUCUGCCGCAUCGUUGGAGGUUUUACGUGGAAAAAUCAAACAAUCUUUACGCUUUAAUCAAAUUUAUAUUCGCGUGUUCAGAAGCUCAGUCAAUCUGUGUGCGUUCUUCAUCGCUGAGCCACUCAGUGCGGGGUGCAAGGUUCAACACGACACGGUAGGUUUUGUGGGAGUUGACCAAAGCCUACCCAGACUCGCACACCCACCAUGCCCACGUGCGUCUGUAAUGAACACAUCUGGGAGUACA